CGCAGACGGCACCAUACUGUGAGUCUUACUCUUUUUUUUUCUUGGUACUCUUGCCAUCAUCCAUCCUUGUCUAUUCUAAUAUGUUUACCUACGUUCUCUUACCAACGCUAACAAAUGCCAUCUUUAUAGCUUCAUUGGUGCUCAAAAUGGCAUUUAUCAGUUACGCGUGGACCUCUAUGCCAGGCAGUACUACAACAGCAUUUCAAUGCGCUAAUACGACGUCGUUUUGUCGAGGCACAUUGAGACCCGCCAGAAAGGGCAUCAUAACCUCAUCACAGAACAUGCAUUUUUUCUUCUUCUUUUUUGCACAUGUAGCAGGAAUUGGAUGGCGUUGGCAUUCUUCAUUUUUGUGUCUAAGGCGCAGCAAGCUGCCGAUUUGGACAACACUGGGAAAAAAAGUUUAGGAACUCUCUUUGCACUCGCGUGGCUGCUCUUUUUGCUUUACCAUUCCCCUUCUCUUUGCAUUUCUUCUACUUACAUAUCACUCUUUUUAAUGGUUUCUAAAAUUGAUGGUCUAUGAAACGGAACGCACUGGCGGUUGGACACUUUGAUCAUUGUGUCUUUUCUGCACCUUUUUUUUCCCCCUUUGCUUUUCUCUUCUUUUAUAUCAAUUUUUUUAAGCCUCUUUGGCAUACAGACUUGUUGCAGGGUUUCGGUUAUUCAAUGUAUAUGAUAUCCGGUUCUAUGGAAAUUGCAGAUUUGUUCUCUUUCUGUGUCUAUCAACUAUUUGCUGAUGAAAUAAGAUGAUAUUGUGAUUGUGUAUGUGUAUCUCUUCGGAUGUAUUCAUGCAUGUACCGAGUCCGCAGUGCCUGUUUGGCUACCGUAUAAGAGCUGGUCCACCAUUUCUGCAAUGGCAAGGCUGCUUGUCAAUCCAGG